UGAAUCAAACUCGUGUUGGAUCAUGGACAACCUGUCCAACAUUUUGUUUUUCAAAGUGCCAGUUGGAAUUGCUCUUGGUUUGAACAUCAUCGCCUUUAUUUGGACGAUUCUUGGCAUUACGAAUGUGCGCAACGUAAGUACAUAGAGAACGUAAUCUUUAUAGAAUUGAUAUUUCAAAUAAGAGAGUUCACCGUAAAAGCAUGGAAGAAGAAGAAGAAGAAUUUAUUCACCCAUUAUAAAUCGUUACAUUAUUUACUUUAUUACAAAUAUAGUAGGUGUGGGUAUUAUCUGACCAAAACUGAAUCGUUUUGUUAUGAAAACGCGAGAGCUGAUAAGUCAAAGAACAGCGGAAUGGCUCUAUAGUGUAGUAGCCACAUUUAAUUAAUCAGAAUAUUAGUGUGACAUUGAAGAUUCUUAAUCGAAAGAACAAAUUGGAAUGGAAAAUUACAGGAGUGCCCGGCAAAAAAAUACAUUAGGAACGGGAUGAGAAAUCUGACCGUCACUUCAUAACCUUCUCCAUUUUUCUCUUCAAGAAAACCAGCAAGUAUAAUUCAACAAAGAACCAACAAACAACAGUCACCAAGGACGUGAAGAUGUACGGGAAACUGAGUGUCGUGAUGGGAUUGACAUGGACACUGGGCUUUGCUAUGGAGUAUUCUGUGAUCGUCAAAUUUAUUUUCUUGAUCGUUAACAGUUUGCAAGGUAACACUCAAACCUUAUAUAUUGCAAUAAUUACUAAUGCAUGAAUGACACAACCAAAGUCACGCUUGCAGCGGAAACUGAAAUAUAUUUCUGAAUUUAUUUUUUGUGAAACAUCUUUUCUGGGGAUCUGCAGCAAGGAAGCAACAAUUUUUCCUAAGGCUAUACGUUCAGAUUGACGGUGCCCGGCACUGGUGCCCAAUUCUAGUGCCCAAUGUUCAAACUGGUUCCCAAAACAUUUUGAGCACAGUGCCGUUGUUGACCUCUAUAUAGAAGAAGUGUCCUUUCUUGGGCACUGUGUCCAAUUUCAUUUGGAAAGCGCCAAAACAAGUGCCGGGCACCUAGUCUGAACCGCAGCAUUAUUCAGUAUAUAGUAAUUUGACCAUGAAUAUACAUGCUUUUAAUUUAUUUCUUGUUUCUUAGGAUUCUUUAUCUUCCUCGCGUUCGUGACAAAUAAGCGUGUGAUGGAAAAGUGCAAGAUGUCUCGACCUUCUUGGAGUCAGUCUGCAAGUUCAAAUUCGAGAAAAACUUCAUCUGGAAGUAGUGUCGGUUUAAAUACAAGAAAAAUCUCAUACGGAAAUAGUUGAGAAAUAUACAAACAUAAUGUAAUAAUACCGUUAACUAGGGUUUUUAAUAAAAAAUCCUGCUCUCAUGCAUGCAGUUUCCAGUAUCUCCCUGUAGUCCUUUAUUGAUUUCAUAUAUUAAAUUAUAUUGUACGAUUAAUUAUAAAUAUAUAUAUCGAUCUUAAUUAAAUUUGCGCUGCAGUAUAACUGCAGGGCGGACCGGGCGAACACUCCGCGCUGGCAUACUGCAGUAUCGGCAGAUAACUAUAUAACAUAUAAAUAAGACACAAGUGUAAUCACCAUGUCGAGUA